AUGGCACUGAGCUUGGGCCGGCUGGCCAAUCUACUCGACACAGAAGGAUCUCAGCCGUCGUGGCUCUCCGAGAAGUUUAGCUUGAUUGUCCAGGCUGCAAGGCGAUUGCUCGACCUCGACAUUCAGGAAUCAACGCCUUGUCGAAUCUUUUGGAUUCCAGGCCGCAUAGAGGUAGUUGGAAAGCACACCGACUAUGCUGGUGGGCGGUCUCUGCUUUGCGCUAUCAAUCGUGGUUUCUGUGUAUUGGCGACCGACCGUCAAGAUGCCCUGCUUCGAGCCGUCAGUCUCCAGUUCAAGGCCGGCGACAAGGAUGGCAUCGUUGAGGUGCCCUUGACAACGAGCCUCGAGGUACGACAGAACCACUGGUCCCUUUACAUCACGACUGCUGCACGGCGGCUCUCGCAGAAUUUCGGUCAGAAGCAGCAACUUCUGGGUUGUGAUGUUGCCAUCGCCUGCGACUUGCCUCCUGCUUCAGGCAUGAGCACCUCCUCGGCGUUGAUUUGUGCAAUGUUCAUGGUGCUGGAUGCCCGGAACCUGCUACGCCAGCGGCCAGAGUUCCAGGCGUCGCUGCCAACAGACGAGGUGUUCUAUGAAUAUCUCGGCUGCAUCGAGAACGGUCAAUCCUGCGGCGACCUGACGGGAGACCGAGGCGUUGGAACCUUCGGCGGCAGCGAGGACCAUACGGCAAUCAUGGCCUCGCAGAGGGGCACCCUCAAGGUCUUUUCAUACAAGCCCACAAGGCUGGAGCGUUCGAUCAAGAUGCCUCCACAUCUUCUUUUUGCAGUCGCAUCCAGUGGACUUCUGGCAGAAAAGACUGGGGACAAGAUGGAAAGCUACAACGAUGCAGCGACACUGGCCCUGAACGCCGGCAGAAUUGUCGCCAAAGAUCAAGGCUGGGGCGAGGACGUAGAUCUUGCAACCUGCAUUCAGCGCUGUGGCGGUGGUCUCGAUGCGUGUGAUCGCAUAGCAAAGAUUCUGCGUGCACAGCCUGCAGGGGAGGCAUUGGAAGCUCGUUUCAAGCAAUUCUUCACAGAGAAUGAGGAGUGCGUGCCUGGGGUUGCGGAGGCGUUCUCAGUAGCAGACGAGGCGAGUUUGGGAGCUAUAGUCGACAGAUCACAAAGCGCAGGAGAUGCUGGCUUGCAGAACCUCGUAGCCGAAACACGAUGGCUGCCAGCGGAGGCACGGCGGCUGGGAGCAAUCGCGGCCUCAGCCUUCGGCGCCGGGUUCGGUGGAAGCGUGUGGGCUUUGGUGCACGCGACAGAAUCAAGCGAUUUCAUCUGCAAGUGGAAGGAGGCAUACUUGAAGGAGUUCCCCAGCAGAGCUUCGACAUGCGAGUUCUUUACAACAGCACCCGCGCCGGGAGCUUGCGAGAUUACUGCAGAUCUGAACCAUAUGGCCACCCGGAAGCGAAAGCCAAGAGAGGCCGCAGAGCAAAGUUCUCAGGCGGCGUGA